UCAUACACUUUAUUAUCAAUUUUUCUCAUCGCAAAAUUAAAAAAAAAAAUCACAAAUUCCAAUGCACUGCAUCUAAGAAUAAAAAUAAAAAUGUUCGAUGUUAAGAAGUGAAAUAGCUCUACGUUUUUAUUUUUCACGGGAAAGGGCCGCUACGAUAAAUAACAAUAAAAAAAGCGCUACGCGUAGCGCACUUCCGCUACACCUGGCCACACUUACGACUCGUAAAUAGGUACUACCGUCCCGUCGCUCCGACAACCGCACAUCGUUGUUAUAUGUCAACAAAAUAUGACGUACUGUAUCGUUAAAACAAUUUUCACAAUAUAAGCUUUAUAUUUUUUUUUUGUGUAAUUGUAUUUACAAAAAGCUAAUAAAAAAAAAAAAAAAAAAAACCUUUAUAUUUUCAUCCAAAUAUAACGCCCCCGAUCUCAUAUACCGAGCUGCACCGGCAGCCGCUCAUCUCCAGAGCUUUCGGUACAGCUUCCAAGCGCACCGCAGCGGCGACACAGUAAAAAAGCUGCACAAACACAAUGUGCGAAGAGUACUACCGGCGGAGGUCGUCCGAAAUCACUGCCCAGUUGACGGCGUGGACGAGAUCGGCGGCCCUCAGGGACGAGUCGUUUGUGCGGCUGCUGUGGGCCAAGGUCGAACGGCGCGCGCGUCUCGCCGACGCUGUGGCCCGACUGUCGGCGCACGCGGUGGCCGAGACGCGGAACGCGCUCGUCGCCAACAACGAUCUAGCGGCGGCCGCGUCGGAGAGGGCGGCGGCCGAGCUCGGGCUGUUCGCGGACGAUUUGCGGCGGAACGGCGACGACGGUGGCGAGGUCGCGCUGGACGACAUGAACGCGCGAUUGCGCGAAGUGGUGAGGAAGAAGCGGGAAGCGCUCGUCAAGGCUGCGGCCGCGGGCAAAGCGGCCGGCUAUCGGUUGCACCAGGAGCAGGCCGUCAACGACCGGAUGGCGCGUGAUGCGACGGCCACCGCCGACUGCGAUGUUCCGCCGACCGAUCGUCGCGAUGGUGUACAAUAAUACAUUCACGGACUUAUUGUUAAUGCAUAUAGGUGAUUAUAAACUACUAUUACAAAAAAAAGUAUUAAAUAGGUGUUAACUUUACUAAUUUAACCUCCGCAACCAUUAGUGGUCCAGCAAUAAUCUACUCACAACCGAUCGUCGUUCUCUAAACUCUUUACCUAUAAAUAUUCAGAAAACGUACAUAAACUUU